AUGCGACGAAGGCGAAGUGGUAUAGUUUUGCAACAUACCAAUGUUAUACGUGUUGUCAUUCUAGGGAAGAAAGGUGUUGGAAAGUCAGGUAAGGUGUAGUUCAUUGAUUUUCAAUCUCUUUUCUCCCUUGAUGAGCCUUGGAUUUUAGGAUUCACAAAAGGCCCGUUUACACUUGCAACAUUUGUUGCGAUUUCUAGUCUGAUUCAUGUGAACGAGUAUACGAUGUAUCACCGUUUUGAGUAUAUGUAUCCUCAUGUUAACUCCUCCAUAGAAGACGAAAAUCGCACCCAAAAUCGUAGUAAAAAUAAACGGGCCUGAAGAUUUCGCAGCAACGUCAACCGUUGUCUUGUGCUGAGUUUGUUUAUAAGCUCCAUAGAUUGCUACAUCAAUCGUGUCCUGCACAUCUUUGGAAUAUAAUUUAGCUACUUGAAUUUCAUGUAAGAAAACUUCGCAUUGAUAGGGAUGCAAGUACCUGAAAAAUACAAGGAGAACUUCGACUAAAUACCUAAUUCUUCUAUCCAGCGUGAAAGUAUUUCAGGUGUUCGUGUAUAAUAUAGACAUUGUGCUAUUUUGGGCAUAUACCCUGAUAAGCUUUGACUUAAUAUCUAGAACCAACGAUCAUUAUCGCACUGCUUAGGAUCUUUCAGAAUAUUUGGUGAAGGAUGCAUCCUGUCAAGUAUAUCGACUACGUUGCUUGAUGUUUGAAAAUGUUCAAUCAGGUUUCAGUUCGAUUUAAACUUGCACUAUUCUGUUUAAACUUAACACUAAAUAUUCAGAUAAAAUAGUCCAACAUCAUUGUCAAUGAUCAAUGAAUACGAUGGGUCACCACAUGGGACCAUCAUGUACGCACCAAGUCUACCUAUACCCACCCAACAAUUAGAGGAACGAGACGUUACGAGAGGAUUCGUCCAUCACAUUGUGUCUACCACAAUGAAGUCUUGACACCAUAUGUUGCAGACAUGAUAUUGCUGGACAUUGGAUUACUUCCGAUGUCCAGUUUCAUUCCAGAUUUCUGCAUGUAUGCCAAGAACCAUGCCAAGAACCACAACGUUUGGAAUCUUGUAGCCUAUUUAACGAAGUGAAAUCUUUAAUUGCUACGGAAUUCUGUAAACGUUUUGAACCUCGUAGGCCGAUUUACACCACACAACUUUAAAUUGCUCAAAACUGUCGCAUGCAACCUGCUUACAACUUGAGUUGUACUGUGUAAAUCAAACACACAGCUCGCCUACGUUGUUGUAGGUGAGUUAUGUGCUUGAUUUACACAGUACAACUCAAGUUGUAAGCAGGUUGCAUGCGACAGUUUUAGGCAAAAGUUAUGUGGUGUAAUUCGGCCUUUAUGUAUACAGUAAAGGAAGAAUUUGCUAGUUUGUUACCACUUUCCAGACAGUUUUAAAAUGUGCUCUUGAAAUUGUCAAAAAUACUUAUGUCUCGCCGUUACUCAAAAGAUUAUAUCCUCUAAAAGUAUGCUAAUAACCCAGAUAUUGCCGAUAAUUUGGGAUUUAGUGCACCUUGCGACAUUUAAUGCAUGCAAUUUAUAUGAAAUACAAUAGCUCUUAAAGUAUAUAAGUACAUAAGUAUAUAUGGAUAGGCAUUUUGCAUUGUUUGAGACGCUUGGCUGUCUGCCUUGUUGUCUCCUCACAUAAAUUGAAAACCACAAUUCAGAUUCGGUUCGUUAAAUAGUGCAGUAUUUGAUGAAAACUGCUAUGGUUUGGUAAUUAGGAUUUCGCUUCUUAUAUAUAAAGGCUAAUUAUAUAAAUUAGCUGUUCGUUUUAUUGUAAAAUUUUUGUGGUUUUUAAAGACAGAAUUGUACUGUAUUUCCGUAUAUACACAUUGAUUUUUAUUAAGAGCUUAGCCUGAUGACCUUUACUGUGCAUGCAGGCAACUGCGACAUGUCAUGUAAUGACUUCAGAUCUAAUUUACGACACUCGACAAAAAUGUUAAUGAUUUUUCGAUUGUUCGGUAUAUUAAUGAUGUGGCAUAUCUAACAAUUACUUAACAUCUGUCUUUAAAAUGUUUUCUUUUCAGCUCUUACAGUGCGCUUCAUGACGAAACGUUUCAUUGGGGAGUACGACAGCAGCAAUGGUAUGUUCUUACAUGAAGUAAUGUGAGCGAGCAAAUUACUGCAACUUGUAGUGUAAAAACUGAUUUCAACGCAUUGUAAGUAGAAAUGUUUACCCAUGUUGACUAAUGUUUCGUAACUUACACGUGAACAUUUUUAAUUAACAUGCAUUGAAAUCUGCUUUUGUUGCAAGUGCCGCAAUUUUGUUCCUCGUAUUACUUUGCCUGUACUUUCUAUUUUCUCGGCAUGACAAAAACCCUGGACUGGAUUCUGAUUCAAACUGGAAUCAGUUACCCUGGCACUUAAUGAAACAGACUUCACCGUUUUGGUCGAGCAGAAGUUGAAAUAUUUCCUGUAAAUAUGAAUAUAUUGGACUUGAUGUAUGAAACGUACGUCCGGUGACCUUCAGGUCUAUGACUGAACUUCUCUGAAUAGGAACUCAGCAAGACUUGUACCUCAGUGGAGUUGUGGUUCUCUCCUGGUGGGGCACGGAUUUCCUCCUUCCCCCUUUCACAUGUUAUCGUGCGUUAACUAAUACGUCAAUAGGUUUUCUUUUUCGUAUUUAUAAAGAUCAGGUUUUUCGCUGACAAAUGACACCUUUGUGGAAUGAUUGCGAUAAAAAAUGACCAAAUGCGAUCUGAUUUGAAGUGAUCGGUUGAAUUCGCAUUUUUCCACCUUUGGGAUGUAAAUGUCCUUCCAAUUUUCGAACGUAUUGUGAGUCCAAGUCUGCAAGCUUCCAGUGUUGUAAAAUUUUUUUUUAACCACUCAAUUUCGAUGUAUAAUUGCGAGUAAAAGUUUAUCAAAAGUUGAUGCUUGCUCAUGCGUUGCGCCAUAUUUACUCAAGGGACUUCAAUUUGAAUCCCAAAUGAGAAUAAUUUCAAUACACAGACAAUAGCUUACUGGUAAUGCUUUGUAUUUUCCGGGUAUGGCUAGCUUUCGUGUUUAAUUCACAGCUCUGCGGAGGAGAGUGGCCUUCCGCGUCCCAUAAGGCCAUUUAAUACCUGAACUUUUACUCUUGGUUCGAUUCCAGAAUUCAUUUCCAUAGUCCAGUUUCAUUCCAGAUUUCGUAGUAUGCUUUGUAUCACUUGCGUGUACUCGUCAUAUUACCAUGGCAACAAAUUGCGCAAGAAUUUAGCUUAUUCAAUGUAUGUUAUAUAAAUAGUGAAAACCGCGGCUAAAUUUGUCAAUGCCCAACAAUUGAUCGUCAUUAAUUAGUGCGUCUGUCAGUUCGACAGCUUGCUUCCGCUGCAGAAAAUAGAAAAUGUUCCAUAUUUUCGAAGAGAUUUAUGCAAUUUGUUAAGAACAUAUGUUGAAGAGAUCAACAGUCAUGAACAGUUGGAUUUUUUAAUUAUGAUUCAAGUUGCCCGUCGUUCGAAAUUACAGCUGAACUUUGCAUAGAAUUGACCUAGGUGGCAAUGUCAAUCUAGUACUAUCUUUUUUUGUAUAAAAUAUUUUCUAUUUUUGGCUGUCAUAGUCUGGCUCAUUGCACUGGGAAUUUCGUAAGCCUCCUUUUCCCGAUAGACACAUUAGAGGGAGGGAAUAAAUUACUUCCUCUCUAAAAAAGGGAGCUUAUUAAUUAGAGAAGAGAAUUAAGUUGGCAAGUAUAAUUUGUAUAUUUUCAAAUCGUGCUAUUAAAUAUUGCAUGUAUAGUAAUCUGAUAUGUAUAACAUGGUAGGAGGACAGAUCAAUUUUGUAUUGUCAUUGAACAAUGUUAUAGUAUUGUCAUCAAGACAUUCUAAAAAAAUUGUACCUAACACAAAGCAUGUGAACCGAUGAACCGAAAAUUUGCUAAACUGUUUAAACCAUUAUAAUCGUCUUUUCUGUAAAAUUUGCUAUAAUUGAUGAAAUAAGAACUUUUGACAAUCACACAGAUUGACAUUACCAAUUUGUCAGCAUUUGCUGGAGCGUCAGUUUGGCUGCAUGACAGACAACCUUGUAUUUAAUUGAUAUCCUAUUUAAAUUCGCACGAUAGCACUGGAAAAAAUCCGCAAUAUGAAAUUUGCAAUUGUAUCACUAAAUCCAUAGGAUACGAUUUCCAUAAUAUAUACAGCUAAUUCAAUUAAGAUUGUCCUUCCAAAAACGUAAACCUUAAACUCUGAACGCGCAAAGGAUGGUGGGGUAUUGCUUAUUUAGGCUCGUACACUUUGAAAUUUGGCUUUGCAAAUAUACCUAAGACAUAUAUAAGACUCACAACAGAAAACAUACUUGCUGCAAAGGCAAUUUUCUGAGUUUUAAGGGCUAAUAGGUGAAAACCCAUCAUCCCUUGCGCGCUCAGAGUUUAAGGUUUUCGAAGGGCAAUCAUUUUGAUCUAGACAAAAAUUUCAUCACAGCUUGAAAGAGCAUCACAAAAUUAGUAAUAUUCCAAAGUUUCGUUGCGAAAUGUUGUAAAAUGCGGAUAAUAUAGCCCUGCGAAAUGUGCAAUUUUCAGUCAUUUUGUAUUACAAACGGGAAAUUGAUGCCCCUACACCCGAUUGGGCUGUCAAUUUCCCAUGCGUAAUACAAAAUGACUGAAAAACGGCAAACUUCGCAAGGCUAUAUUAUCCGCAUUUUACAACAUUUCGCAACGAAACUUUGGAAUAUUACUAAUUUUGUGAUGCUCUUUCAAGCUGUGAUGAAAGUUUUGUCUAGAUCAAAAUUUAGUCUAUAAUGCAAAUGGUCCAUUGAAUCAGCUGUAUGUAGUAUGGAAAUUGCAAUGAGUAUGAACAUUGGAUUUCCCUAGUAUUUCCAACGAAGAUCCAUACUAUUUCUAUAGUAAAGGAUUUAGCUGUGGCUACAUAGCCUCGUUUCCGUGUUUCAGACAUUGGUAUUAUGGUAUAAGAGCCCUUUAUCUUGUUACUGAUUACAAAAUUAUGAACAGGUCUUUUAUAUUCACUGAUGUAACUGUAUGGUUUCGUAAGUGUGUGUCCUGUAACACGAUAAAAGACUCUAAAUCCAAUAUCUCAAUUACGAAAACGAGGCUCUAUAGCCAAGACUGAGCACUUUCUGGAAGGCCUGUAUUCAGGGACGUAGCAAAGCAUCUGAAGUUGGGGGAUGUCGGAGCUUUUACCUGAAAUUUAAACUUCAAUGUUAAGCCGGAAUUUACUUGAAGUGUAAAAAUUAUAAUAGACCAUUUUCUGAUUGAUUUCCACUGUCAUACUAAGCUUACGAAGAAGGGGUCCGCAGGACUGCAUCUCUGGCGUUUUCUAAAUUGACUGUAUGUUACAAAAAUGGUUAUCAUUUCACAAAAAUAACGACUUUAUCACGCAAAUUUUACCUGAAAAUGUCAAAAUUUUAACUUGAAUUUUACCUGAUUUUUACCUCACACACACCCAUCGUCGCUACGUCGUCCCUGGGUGUAUACUCACACAGAUCAUACGUGCGCGAUUAAAUAUACAAGUAAGGUAUCCAUUAAAAUCUACUCAUCAGCACUGGAGAGUCGGUUCUUGUUGGUUUUUAACCCACACAGAACUUAUUGAACUGUUAACAUGGCGAGCUUUCAUCAGUGUUUAAUACCGUCAAUAGCUGUGAAAAUAAUCCAAAACGUUUCAAAGUUUCUAGAACGCAUGGAUUUAGUUUGCGCAACAGAUGAUAUUCAUGAGUAUUUGUUAUCAUAUUUUCACACUAUAACGAUUUUUUUCGGGGAUUUGGGAUGUUUCAGAAUCUCUUAGUAGAUUUUCCCGUGAGAAUUUAAUGGUGGUUAUUUUAAAGACUUUGAACUAAGUGGCUUUGGGAUUUUGAAAUUUUUAGCAUUUUUUUGAAAUUUUGCAACAAAUGUUUCACAAAAUAUACAUGAAUAUAUAUCGAUGGAAAUAUUAUACAUCUGAACCAUGUUAACCCGUGGUUUUGAGAAUAUGUAUUUGGAAUGAAAACAGUUCAAUCAAAGACUCGUGCAGCAUUCGAUUUUCACCUCUGCAUGUUCUGUAUCGACCACCACACCAGGGACGAAACCAGGAGGGGGUGAUACCCCUCCGGUCUUUGUAUUCGUCGGUUUCACUACGGCAUUGUGCAGUGAAUCUGACGGGGGGUCAACCUAAAAUGUAUUGAUGCUUAUGCUGUACUGGAGUGAGCAAAUGAUACGAAAUUGCAUGUAUUUGCCACCGAACACAAGGCCAACACAUACAGUGAACAAUUAAUUCACUCUGAUGACUGUGUCUCGAUUUAGAGUUGACCCCCCCCCCGUCAAAUUUAUGACGUCAUAUGAAACCCAAGAAUAGAUCGACCUCAUAUUUUAUCAAUCAAUGCGAUUCCAUUGGGCAAAUGUUGGGAAUAACUGGACGAUUUAAUCAAUGUGAUAGAUUAAAAUAAUAUACAUUACAAUCAACAAAUGUUGUUUUUUUAAGGUUUUUGAUCGGGAACUUCUAUAAUUGGAACACUUCCCCCUUCCCCGGCGACAGGCAUUUGAGAACGAGCCCUUCUUGUCGGGCACAAGAAACUGACACCCAUCCAGUUGUAAUACCGAAGUUUCGGCCCUGAUCACCCCACAACGCAAUUUUCUUCUUUCUCGCCACCAGUGGGAGUAUUACUAGAACAGCUUGCCGUACUAAUGGUGGCAAAACCGUACUGCAUUUAUAUUUAGAAAUGCAUAUGGAAAUACUUGAUUGUAUAUUUAGUUCUCAUACUGCAACAUUUACCGUCAGUUUUAAUUGGUUUCAGUAAUCAUUACGAUAGGCGGUCAAUUUCAUGAUUGUUAGUGAUACUUAUGUACGACCAAGCGAACUAAACUAAAUCUCUCUUCCAUUUUUCUGCCUCCAAAUACAACACCACUAUACAUCAAUGAAAGAAUUAACAUUAUUUUCUUAUUCUAAAACUAUGAAGUGUCGUUCGGCAACCGUAUAUCACAGAAAAUCGCCCCAGCGGGAUGAGAUUUUCUCAGAUAUAUAGAUAAAGGCAAAACAAACUCAUUCCGCUUAAUUACCCGCCACAGAUGUUACCGGCCUGUCUAAUUCUUACCCAAAUUUGUCUUCUGUGAAAUGUAUUGUCUAUCGCAUAUCCCCCUGAAUAUUAUAAAUUCAAAGCACAUUACGAAUGUGGAAUUGAAUAAGACUGGAGGACAAUUAAACUUCCCUGCAAUGUUGGUAUUUGCAUUAUCUUGCUGUGCCAACCGAAUUCGAAUGACUUAAAUGGGUAAUUACCUACGAAAUCUGACUGUGUGUGUAAUUAUUAGGCCCCACGUGUAGUCAAGAUUAGCGUUGCGCAAUGUUUCUUGUUCAGACCAUUUUAGGACUAGUCGUGCACUGUCUGGUAGUUUUGCGGUCAGAGACUGCACCAUUCUGUGUUAACAGAGUUAUGUUUAUAGCCUGGUUUCCAUUCUAUCGUAACUGUCGUGAGCAAGACAUGGACACCGAUGACGAUGUGAAAUAGUCUAGAUCUCUCCUUUAUGUGCUGUUUGCAAAUCAAUCUUUACUGACUCCCAGUGACUCGGCAGUGAUAUAUCGACACUCGUUUACAUCGCUUACCUUGAUAUGUUCACGACAGUUGUACGACCAAAUGGAAAACAAGCUAGAGCUUACAUAUUUAGAACUGGACAUUGCUUUGUGAUAAGCAUUUCAUUACACACGUUGUGACGUCAUGUAAAAGUAUACACACGAAAAGUGUCAUCCACAUAUUUGACACCAGAACUUCAAAAUUUAUCCUCUUAUACUAAUAUUAUAGUAUCAUAGAAGGAAUUAAAGACAAAAAACUCUUUCAAAAAUGCAGAUACUAAUACAUAUUGAUGUAUAAACACUUGCCAUUCGCACUCUGUUAUUGCUUCGAUAAUACAAAUAUAUAAGUUAAAGUACCCGAAAACCUUACUUAUAUGUAUUAACAGCUUACAAGUUUUCUGCAUGGUUAUGGAAUCUCGACCAUAUAUACAUACUGUGUAUUCUAACAAAACAAACAAUUAAUAAGAUUACUAAAAUUUAUUUUCGUCAUCAUCCUUGCUAUUAAAAGGGCAGUUUUUUGUAAUCCUUUUUAAUCCACCGAUAUCAUUCAUUCGGCUCAUAGCUGACAUAAAUUUAUGUUUUGUUUCAGAUGAGACGUGGAAACACAUUGCUUUAAUAGAUGAAGAACACGUUCCGCUUGAAAUAAACGAUACAACUGGCGAGGUGAGACGGUCUUUUCUCAGUUUUCUUUUCUUUUCUUCAUCCGUAAGAGUUGUCAGUCAUAUACUUAUAAACUUAUAAAGUGUAACCAAAAUAAAUUUAUAUAUAUAUAUUCUUGGGUUUCACUACGGCAUUAUGCAGUGAAUCUGACGGGUGGUCAACCUCAAAUGUAUUGAUGCUUAUACUGUACUGGCCGUGAGAAAAUGAUACAAAAUUCCAUGUAUUUGCCACCAAACACAAGGCUAAUACAUAAAACGAACAAUCGACUCACUCUUCUCUGAUAACUGUGUUUAAUUGUUUUAGAGGACCCCCGUCACUUCUGUGACGUCAUAUGAAACCCAGGAAUAUAUUGUACGCGAACCGUGGUAUUUUUUUCAAGACAAACAAAACAAGUCAUUUCAAUAAUUAUUUUGACCCUCUAGUGUUCGGAAGAGAAGCUGGAUCUGUAUGUAGGAUGUGGCGAUGUCUUUAUUAUAAUGUAUUCAAUCACGGACGAAGAAUCACUAGAACAUGCCAGGUAUCUUGGCGAAUCGGUACAACGUAAAAAACCUGACGCUUCUGGGAAUAUCGUUCUAGUUGGAACGAAAGCAGACUUAGAACAUUUACGUCGCGUCGACUUCAACUCGGCGCAGGAGACUGCGAACGAUCUCCAGUGCCUUUUCCAAGAAAUUUCCAUCAGUGAUGGUUACGAACAAGUCGAAAAAUUAUUCCAGGAAUUAUUACGAAGGUAUUCCAAGAAAAGUAGCACACAGAAACCCGUUAAAUCGAUUCUCAAAAAGAAACAAAAAAGUAAAGAUAAUCUUAGUAAAGCGUCGUUAGGACGGAAGAAAAGUAUGCAUAAUUCGGUGCCCAUUGUAGAAUAGUUGUUGAAAUUAUUUGUAUGUAGAGUUUGUACAUAUUACUAUAGUUUGAAAGUAUUGAAGAUGUGUUUUCACUAUCACAUGUGACAUGCAUGCUCUAUUUCAAGCAGUCAUAGACCGCUCAUAAUUCUUGUCGAGGUUCUAGAAACCUACACCUGCCCGCCGCGAGAAAAAUAAAGGACACAAUUUCAGCGUCGUGGAAUCAGGCCGUUAUACCACUGUCGGUGCAUGAAUAAUAAUAAUAAUGGGUAAUUCCAGCUUUUGACUAAAUUUUGAUCUAGGCAAGAAGAACAAAAUCCAUCGCCACAGCUAGAAAGAAACUGAAAGAGCUUGUUAAAAUUAGUAAAAUUGCAAAGUUUGGUUGCGAAAUUGUUGUAAAAUGAAGAAAAUAUAGCCCUACGAAAUUUGCAAAUUUUGUAUUAAUUUGUAUUACACAAGGGAAAAUGCACCACUUUCGGCCCAAAUGUGGUGCAUUUUUCCGCCCAUAAUACAAAUUAAUACAAAAUGUGCAAAUUUCGCAAGGCUAUAUUUUCCGCAUGCAUUUUACAAUAUUUCGCGGCCAAACUUUGCAAUUUUACUAAUUUAACAUGCUCUUUCUAGCUGUGGUGAUGGAGUUUGUUCUUCUUGCCUAGAUCAAAAUUUAGUCUAUAACUGGAAUUAUCCAUUCAUGAUUGCGUGAAAAUUCUUUUCAGCUACCUUGAGGUCGGGUAAAUAAAAACCUUUGCUUCAGUACCAACGCUGGGUAAAAAUAAUAUACGGUCUCCCUUGCUUGUUUAAUUAAGUUGUUUCCAUUUUCCCACAGGUCUUUGCGUUCUAAUGUUCUGCUAUAGCAUUCCCAUGGAUCUUUGCGCGAAUUUUUUAGUCUUUUGGGAAGAGCUUUAUCCUAUUAGUUUCCACACGCUUUGCAACAGCAAGGUCAAACCGCCAUGUUGAUUGAAGUGUUCCGUACCAAUGUGACGGCAGCAAGUUUCUUUUGUCUCUGAAAAUCAAAAGAUAUUAUAGUUGAUAAUGUCAACGGCAUAAGAGAAAUGACGAGAAUAGACCAUUAAGUCCAUGGUUGUACGUAAUUGGAUAUUGUUGGCGGUCUGUAGGUUACUUUAAAUAACAGAUAAACCAAGAACGGUCGAUCUGUAUAUGGGAAUCAUAAGUAUGAGCUGAAGGUGGGUGGUUGUAAAUCCUCUACAGAUAGGAUGCGAAUGAUUUAUCGUACUGAAUAUCAAACGCAUGCUUACGAAUUGUUCAUGUUUAAUUGCUUAUCGACUAUUUUAAAGAUAUCAAGCUGUUUUGGCGGAGAAAAUUGAACGAAUUGAAAAGGUUAUCUUAACACGAAAUCUGUAUUACAAGAUUUACAGACAUUGUUGAACAUCCAUUUUUUCACGAAUGAUUAAUGAGUUUGAUAAUGUUCUUAAUGGUUCUAUUAAAUGAUCACCGAAACAUAUACUCGGAUGAUUACUGUAUGACAUGAAGCAACCCUCGUGGGAUUUAACUUCCUGAAAAAUACCAUUUCUUUCUUCGGGGAAGGAAAGUCUGGGAACGAGGUUGGAAAAAUACAAGUGAAAUUUCGACGUUUCGAGCGAAGGCCCUUCGUCGAAACCUCAAAAUUCUACUUAUAUUUUUGAGGUAGUCGAAUCCCUACCCAUCUAAACUUUUCUAGUGUUUUGUCACUACCUACACUGGCCUUACUGUAAGCAUUCACAAGUUAACACCUUGUCCACCAUACUUACCCGUUUGGUUGGUUAGGUGUUAGCUCAGCUGACCGAGGGGGGGGGGGGGGACGGACUCCUGUUACUUGGACUCAGAUUAAGAUCCGUGACAAUGGCAUCUUGAGCUGCCACCCCCCACCGAACUAACACCUUCACACCAAUUAAAAAUUGGUGGAAAUAAAUUGUUGAACUAAGCAUACAAAAGAAAAAAAAUAUAUAUAUAUAUUCAAAGCGCACGUUGUCGUCGUUUGGACGUCAGACUUGGAAUGAUAGAUGUCCCCUACUCCCAUUGCGCCAUCUCCCCGGUCAUGUGACGUGCUGACGUCAGAAUACCUGGUUCCCAAGUUGCUAACCUUGGUUAUUGCAUAACCUCAUUUAACUCUCGCUUACUACCAAAAGAAAGAAUAAGUAAUUGAAUAUAUAAACGCGAGCACGCGAAUUGAUUUUAGAUUAGAUUCGCUAUAGGGCGCUUAUAUGAGCACCCUGGAUUAGAUUAGACUGGGUUAAUUAAACGUUAUUGUAAAGACUCAUUCGAACCAUUCCAAAAUUGUCCAACAUUGCGAUGUUCGACUAUGACAUAUAGUCUAUGUUGAUUGAAAAUUUUGAGUAAAAUUAAACCUGAUAUAAGUAUCAGUCAAUGUUACCAAACAUUAUGUAGUGGUUCGAACAUACAAUAACACACAUUGGACUGGUUUCAACUUUCAACAGAGUUUAAGAGUAAACACAAAGCUAUUGAUAACCCAGUGGCCCCACACAUCUGUGAUCUGAUAAUCUGAUAAAACUGUAAUUAGAAAUCACUUCUACACUACCAUGAAAAAAAAAAUGGAAAUUUUUUUUCUUCCACUAUAUACGCACUAAUUAAAGUGCUCUUUCAAACUAAACAAACAUUUUUAUUUUGCAAUAUCUCUUAAUAUUGUCCAAAUGUUUGCGUUUCAUAUUAAAUGUAAUCAUGUACAAAUAUUUUAAUCCAAAAAUGCUCGGUAAUGUAAACAUCAAUCUUAGAUUUAGUGUUUCGGCGCUACGCGCUACAAAGCGGUACAAUGAAGAAACAAUUAAUACUAUUACUAUCUUCUCAAGUGUUGAUUAACAUGAUGAAGAUAAUUAAAUUACCAGAGUAUUUUGUUAUGUCGGCCAAAUUUCCUGCAGUUGAAGUGAGAAGAGGGAAACGAAGCAGAUCUCGAGGAAGGAAGCAAUACAGAAAUCAUGAUAAGAACGAAAAAGCGUACAUCCUCCACAACCAAACACAUAAAUGUUGUCGUUCUUGGCCAAGUUGGCGUUGGAAAGUCAGGUUAGACUCUUCUUACAUGUUUAUUUUGAAACAAUAUAGCAUCUGUUUUAUUGCAGUCAAACGCUGGUUUACACAUCGCAAUAUUUUCCUAACUGCCCUCCGGGUCAAACGGUAUGCUUUGGUAUUCACCAAAGAUACUGUUACCUCUUUCAAAGACAUUUUUUAGGAAUUAUUGUUCGAGUUUCAUUACGUAUAGGAUCCCUGGGAUGGCGCGGGUUCGAUAAAAGGGAAACUUUGUCCAGAUCACAGCCAGAGGGUGCGCUGGAAUACCAACAAUAAGUUAACCGAUUAUAUUCGUACAAUAGUGUACCAAUCUACUUUAUGUUCCCAAAAUUCUAAUGCCAUAUUUUUGCUACAUAUUUGUAGUAUUUCGAACUGAACAAGAUAUAUAAUGUAUGCCAUGCAGGAAAAAACCGCCCCAGAACCCCAGGCAUAUUGGCCAUUUUCCAGUGGCCGAUAUGACACAGUGAAAUGCUUUCGUUUCAACUCGUUUUACAAUUUACACAGCGACAAAUAGUCUGUUUAAUAUAGGGAUAUAAAUCUUUAGACAUUUCUAACAGUUCACAUGACUUCAUGAGCUUAGCAUUCUUUUUCCUAAUUAACACUUUGCGUACGAGAACUCUUCUACUGACAGAUAAAAUGUCUGGCAUUAUAAUAUAUAGACAGAAUUAAAUCCUAAAGAUUUCGAUAGAUUUUCCAAAGUCUGAUACGGUCAAGUAGUAUACACAUUAAGGACAUUGUUUAUCACGAAACUACCAGAACACAAUGGAAACAUAUUUUAUUUUUAAGUUCGCGAAUUUAAACAUGCGAAUAUCGUUAUCUCAUUUAAUUAACGAUAAAAACAUGCUGGCUAUUUUGUGAAUUAUUUCUACGACUUGUAUUAUUUUAUGAAAUGCCAUCCUCAGAUAAAAGUAUAAAAAUUAAAAUGGUUUUCUUUAGUUUAUCCAUUUUCUGUCUGUUUCAUGAGAGAAAUGGGAAUUCUUUCGUUGAGCAAAAAUUCCCAUCGUCAGUCUGUCAACCCUGUCAGCAAACUGUGAAACAUCUGAUUGAUGUUAAACGAAACUAUAGAUUAACACAAUUGACUUUCAUUUUGGGGCAUCCGAGUUCGCGAAGAUUUUCCUGUAUAAUAAAUUUUUGACGAUUGAAAUCGUCCGAAGUUUAGCCAGAGACAAGAGGGUCUUGAAGCUUGCCAGGCAGGAAUUGAACUUUUUUCACUGGGAAAAUGAGGUCUCGCGGACAUAAUCCUGCGAGCAUGCCGAUUAUACGUGAAUGCAGAGAUAUAUAUGUUCGCACUUGUACCUAAUAUCUGGCGUAGGAAGAUGUUAAAAGAUGACAUUCCAACCGGCAACAGGCUUUCUCAUUCUAUGGGAAAAUAUUAGGAUUUUGGGGGUCUCACUCGAUAGAACUGAAGGGUUUUGUAGCUGGAACACACUUUUGGGCACACUGCCAGGUGAUCUGACGGUGAGCAAAAGGACUGGGACUAGCAACAGUAUAGAAAUCCAGUUUCGUACCUUUAAUCACUUGUCAUGCCCUGAUUCUUUUGUCAAACUGUUUGAAACUUUGUGUCUGUGUCUUGCACAGGGAAAUGAAUAUCUGGGACAAAUUUGAGAUAAAAAUCUAGUACCGUUAAUAAGAUAUUGAGUAAUUUUAAACCGAAAAAGGAUUUCUAUUUUACAACUAGUACCAGGCCUUUUUCGAGUUCCGAGAUCACCAGGUGGCAAAAACAGAACCUGCGAUUAUGGUGUAUAGUUGCAUUUUUUACAACUGCUCCUGCUAAGUCGUCAUUCUCUCCCCAAAUUACCGAACGAAAGACUGUACGAAAGCUGGAUAGUGCAUGCUAUCCACCGAAUAGUGAUUUUCAAGGUUUCUUAUGUAAACAGAUUACAUUUUAGUAUUUAAAAGUUAAAGUUUCCUUUUAUUAAUUGUAUAGGAUCUACAUUCGUAGUUCUAUCACUUUUCAAAAAUUUUUACAGCGGUUGAAAAAAAUCACUAUCCGAUGGGUACCAAGGGCAAGGCGGUACGACCCCUGUGAAGUGUGAAGUCUGUAGGGCUCAUGUGGGCCAGGUUAGCCAGGAUAGAUCGUGUCACGAAAUUUUUCCUGACCAUAAAAGAUCGUUUGAAUGAACUUAAUAUACUGUUACUGAAAUCAAAUUAAGCCAAUUCGACUUUGAAAUUAAUUGGAUGUUUAUCAAAGCUGCGAUAACAGCUUUAGUAAACGAAUAUCCCGGUUACCAGGGCCAGCCCUGCACAAUAUUUGAGGCGUCUUCGUGUAUCCGAGUGGAGAGACAAAUGCAUGGACCACCUCUCGAAAUAUAGAUAUUUUGCUGAGACCUGCAAACUUGUUCAUCCCUGAUCGAUAUAAGCUGGAAUGCGAGUUAUGCAAACUUGUGAAUUAGGAAUAACGACUCCGUCUGUUUUUCCCUUUAUAAGUGUUGGUAUUUUAAGGGUUGCUAAAAUCAGAUUACUAAUUGUCGCUAUAAGCUAGCCUGGGAAAAUAUUAGAGUGAGAAAGUAUAUAAAGUAUAUUACGUGUUACUGAGGUAAAAAAAAACUGUCUAGGAAUAAAUUGUGUGCAGAUUAAAAAACUAAAAGCAUUAAUUCAGCACUUGUCACCUCCUUGAACAGAGACAUUUUGGUGAAUUUGUUGAGGUAAUUCGGUGCUUAUUUUAUAUGUAAUCUUGUAAUAAAAACUCAAAAUUCCACAAAUUUUGCCUAUAACUUUGUCUUUAGGAAAUUUUAAGGAAAUCCUGUAUAUUUAGCUUUCUUAGUGUGUAUAUAAUCGGAUUAUAACCAUUUAGCAUGCGCGUUUGUCGAAUUUUUGACUAAGUAAAUUUAACACGCGGUGUCACAGAAUAGAGAUUUAAUAUUGAUAAGGCAGGUCUGAGUGACGCAAUAUGUAUUCUGAGGCAUAUGUACCUCUAUAUUCUGUGACGGUGCUUUAGCGUUCAAUAGAUUGACAAUAGAUAUGACUCUCCUAUUCUGGUAAUUGUAUAAAAUCCGAUUUGUACAUAUAAUGCGAAAGUUUUUUUCAGUAAUGCAGCUGAAAAACAUUCAAAGUAUAGACAUCAAAAGUAUUAAAAAUCUAGCUUGACGUUUCACAGAACAAUCUAAAAUUAACAUUACAUGCGUCACCGAAUCACGUAGCAGUGUAAAAAAGCAUUGCCACUUGUGUAACUAAAAGCAGGAUUAUGCUUUAUUUUGCCGGAUUUUGAUUUGUCCUCGUUCGGGUGAACCAAUAUUUCAACAACUACACUGUACGACACCACACACCUCCAAUGUAGUUAUUCCUAAAGCGUCGCGACUUCAAACGAAGAUGAGAGUUAGUGAUGGUUGCAACUUUCGCUCGUAUUUUACCGCCAACUCUCAUCAUUAACUCUGAUUCGCUCUCAUCAACUCAGCCCCCAACUCACAUCAACUUUGAACUGAUUCAAAUUUUGAUUAGAGUUUGUUACGUAUGGCAAUACCUAACUCUCAUCAAUAGACAAUUCCCAUUAUAGACUAAUUUUAAAAAUAGGCAAUGAGAUACAAAUAAAUCACUACAGCUAGAAAGAGCAUACUAAAAUGAGUAAAAUUGCAAAGUUUGGUUGCGAAAUGUUGUAAAAUGCAGAAAAUAUAGCCUUGCAAAUUUUGUAUACUUUUAUAUUGCGUGCGGAAAUUGCUACCAUUUUCGGCCCAAACGGUAGCAAUACAAGUUAACAAAAUUUGCGAACUUUGCAAGGCUAUAUUUUCCGCAUUUUACGGCAUUUCGUGACCACACUUUGCAAUUUUUCUCAUUUUAGUAUGCUAUUUCCGGGAAUAUACUUUUUUUGCCAAGAUAAAAAAUUAGUUUAUAAUGGGAAUUGUCUAUUCUCAUGCAACUCUUGUUCUCAUUUGACCAGGGCUAAAACUUAAUCUUCUUUUCUUUCGUGCCCUGCCCUUUGUUAGAGAGGUUUAGCCGAUUUGACUUCCACUACUACUACCUGUCAUUGGCUUGGAACACAUCUGAUUGGUUAAUCGGAUAUAUUAAACGCACUCUGAUUGGUUAAUAGUCCAAUAAUGGUAGGGUAGAGGUAGUGGAAGCCAAAUCUGAACCUCUUUAUUCCUGAGUCUGUCGACCGAAUCCUCUUCUUUCAUUGAUGUCUUUCCUUUGCAAUAUGUUUUCUCGAACUUCGUUCCUCCAAGUCUGUACUUUUUGUUGUCCUUUCAAUUAUUUUCUAACUUUACCAAUUACCACUCUAAACAUGUCCCUUUAUAUUUCAGCUUUCACUGUUCGUUUGAAGACAAAGCGUUUCAUUUGGGAAUACAGUAAAAUAGGUAAGAAAAACAUUGUCUUCUUUUUGAAACAUUGUAAAGACUCCGUUUAAGAUAAGGAAUAUAGACAUAAAUAUGGUUUACAUUAUUUUGUUGUUUAGAAGACAGUUAUAACCACUGCUUAGAAUAUGAAGGAGAAAAUAUAUCAUUGACGAUCACAGAUACAUCUGGACUUGUAAGAUUAUUUUCAUAUUCAUUUCUAAUUCUUAAGGAAAUUAGCCAAUAAUAUUGCUUUGUUUUGGUCACAUGGUGAUAUUCGAUACCUAGUGAAGUAGAUUUUAUCCAGUCCUAGAACUAGAUAAAAAUUAAUUCAGCCUUACGACUGAAUCAAAUUUGAUUCCUACAUUUGGUCGUAUCGAUAUAUCUCCAAUUCAGCAAAGACUGAAAAAUGUCAAAUUCGGACUGGACCAGAUUUCAAGCCGUCGACAUACGCUCCAAUGUCACAAGACCCUUCACGAAUGAUAAAAAGACAAAAAAAACAUCUAAUUACUUAUCAACUUUUUAUAACAAACGCUUAUGAAUUUUGGGGAGAAACUUACAUCGUAUAAAGUUAAAUACGAACUUUUUAUCUUUAGAAAUCUGAGAAAGAACUGGAAGAUUAUCUUGGAAUUGGAGACUUGUACAUCAUCAUGUACUCCAUCACGGACAGAUCAUCUUUCCUAGAGUCCAGACGUCUUGGAAACUUUCUACGCGAGAAUAAUUCUGGGAAUUUUGAGAUGGCACUGGUUGGAAACAAAACCGACCUUGAACAUGCAAGAAAAAUCCUGGAAAGUGAAGGAACUUCGCUAUCGGAGGAGUUAGAAUGCAAAUUCUAUGAAAUAUCCGUAGCAAAAAAUUUCUUUGAUGUGGAAUAUAUGAUGAACGAUGCGGUAAAAAGGUUGACAAAUCAAAAAUCAAGUAAAACUUCUUUAUUGAAGGUGAAGGGGAAUUUAUCACGAAACAAAUCUUUUAGAUCGUUUAAGAGAAGGAUGUCAAUAUCAUAAAUUGAUACUGGCAAGAUUACAGGAAGUUCUGGACGUUGAUUGCUGGCAACUGCGCAUGCCAAAAUCAUCUAGGAACGUGAUUUCGUUCGACCAAUAAAAAGACGCCCUGGAUUGAUAAUUAGUUGCAAAGUUGCAAUAGUAAUAGUUUUGCGGCAAACUUGGAAGCGGGUUUUGCAAUAAGUGGAAAAGAGCCCUGAGCGCAAACUCGGAGCCUUACUACUUGGUUGGCAGCACUCGAAUGUGGCGAACCUACGAUGUAGUCGCAAAGUAUUCUGAACUAUCUAGUUAGGGAGCAACUGCAAACGGACCAAAUUGCGCCGAAAUGUUGACUGACGUGUAAAAAGCCUACGAGGAAAGUUAUGUCUGAAUUAUUAUUAUACUAAAAAACAAAAAAAAAACACAUUAACUUUUUUUAUUUCAUUUCUGUCUUCGUACAGCUUCAUAUAUGUAAAUAUCAACAGUCUUAUCAUAGUAUACUUCUGUCACUUCAAACUUUUUACUUAAGAGCCCAAGAAAGUUGCUAUCUCGUUUAUAUCUUAUCUUGCAAGAUAGCAGCACCACUGUUUUAUCAUCACUUAACUCAGUGAUCGUCUGAAGUAAGUGUGGAAAUGUCUCUUCAAUGUAAACAAUAUCUGCACCAAGGAUGUAAUCAAAUGGCGGAUUAAAAGUUGAGACAUCUUGCCCCCAUUCUAGCUCACAAACAUCAACUAGUGAUGUAUUCAGAUUCUCUCUGUUUCUUUGUACAUUAUCACGGGCUAAGUCAAGCGCCAUUUUUCUGUCUGUAAUGAUGAUAUGUGCUCCGAGGUAACCAGCAACAAUUCCAACUAAACCAGUGCCUAUAAUAAAUAACAUAAUUGAAUAGAGUAACAAACAUGUUGAAAUAAUUGUGACUUAAUUAUUCUUGCAUCACAAGGAUUAGGCUUCAGAUUAGAGUUUACAUUAAAAGUUAGGAUAAGAGAGGAUUGAAUAGACUUAGGAUUAGAAUGAUUAGGGUUACGAUAUAUUUUAAGAGUAGAAUCAAAUAAGGGUUAGAGUUUAACUUCAAUUGGGGUCAGGGCUGUAGCUAGACCGAUAAUUGGUGGUACAUAUUCAUAUAUUCGUGUUCUGCCCGACGGAUUUCUAUGUGAACAUGAAUAUAUGAAUAUACCCCCCCCCCCCAAUUAUCGCGUCUAGCUACGCCUACGGCCCUCAUUGGGGUUAGGACUUGGAAUAAGACUGAAAUUCAGAUUAAGGUUAGAGUGCGGAAAAGAGUUACGGUUGAAGUUAGGAUAUUUAUACUGGCAUUGACCUGAUCAAAGACAAACCUGCUCCAAGUUCAAUAACUUUUUUCCGAGCUAAAUCCACGGUGUCUGUUCUUUCCAAAUAUUUUGCUAAAACAAGGGCAGCGUCCCACACUACGGCCGCCACACCAUUCUUCUCCCAAUCCUGACUAAUAUUCACUCUAUGUCCUGCAAACGUGAAUUCCCUCGCAUCUGUUUCGAAAAUUGUAAAUAUUUUGGGAGGCUCGUAAAUUGCUAAAGCCAUAUCGUUUUUAGACGAUGUUUUUUCUUCACAGUUCGUCGUUUCGAAAACAAGAAUGAUAAAAAUAAACUUUUCUAGUAUUAUAAGCAACAUUAAAUUAAUUGUAUUUGUACGUAUAUAAAAUUGAUUUGUAAACCGGUGUGCGCUCCUCAGAUGGCGGCCAUCUUUGUUUUUUGAAUAUUGUGUAAGUAUACGUACUUCAUGUAAGAAAACAUAAAUUAUAAAUAUAAAAAAAUAAAAGUAUAAAGAUUUCACAAAAAAAUAAAGCUUGCUAUUAAAUGUGUAAAGUAAAAAUAAAAAUGCUUUAUUAGAUUCUAUGUUUAUUCGAAACACUGAUAUACAAUAAAAUUCGAAAUCGUAAAUAAACUAUUUUUAGUUGUUUUUCAGAAAUGUAUAAACAAUUAUGGUCAGUGGUAGCACGCAUGCUGCACUUCAUUUAAUGUUUUUAAUGUUCAUCAUAAAAUGAGGUGAAAUCAUUAGUCAAUACAGAAAGAUCAGUUAGUUUUGCGGUGUUGUUUUAACUUUUUGCACAAAAAUAAAGCAGUUUGCAGCUAAAGGGAUAUUCCACUAGCAAGUAAACGUUUUAAAUAUUUUUUAAUGGCGACUAAGUUAAAAAAACUGUUCGAAUUGGUUGUGAGGCAUCACACUAAAAUCAGGUAUUUGAAUAAUAAUAUUAAAUAUCACAGAAUAAAUACAAGUCUGACUUGUCGGCGCCUUUGAUGUUAGGGUAACUGCUGCUACUCCAUGAUUCUUAAUACUCAGGGCCUAUUUAUAUGAUCCCGCCUAGACGGGACGGGAUGUUUUCAUCCCGCCUAGACGGGAAACUCGCCUAGUGUUUAUAUGGACAAAAUACAUUGCCGGGAUGAAGCCAUUUAAGUGCUUGAUGUCAUAUUUUUGUUGCAAUAAAGGCAUUUACGCAUGCUCAAAAGGGAAAAAUUCAUCCCGCCUGGCCGGGAUGAAGUGUUUAUAUGGGAAUUUUUUGUCCCGGCUAGGCGGGAUGAAGUGUUUAUAUGGGAAUUUUUCAUCUCGCUUAGGCGGGAUCCCGGCAUCUGUUGCCAAGAUCCCGUCUAGGCGGGAUAAGUGGCGGGAUCAUAUAAACACUCUUUAGAAUUUGUACUACGAGCGGGAUCUCGGUAAGCGUCCCGCCUGGCCGGGAUCAUAUAAACAGGCCCUCAGUUUUGGAAUGUAUGUCACUUUGGCUAUAGACCUGAUUGGAUUUCUCCAUUUUCACCUGCCAAAGAUUUACGCCAGGAAAAUUACAACUUUAGAAACCUGCCAAGAGCACAAAAUUUCUUAAAAACACACAGUCCGCCAGCCCACCAAUCUGUCGCCUUUUAAUUUUUUUACGCCAGAAACUCCUUUGUGCCACACCAAGUGGCUAUGCUUUCCGGCAAAGAUCUUGAGCUGAUGGGUAUCGGAAUCCAAUCAGGGCUAUAGCUUCGUUUUCACGAUUGAGACAUUGGGCUUUAACUAAUGUCACAUAUAUACAUGAAAACAAGGCUCUAUAGCCAAAAUGACAUACUUUCUGUGGGAGGGUGUAUUGCAAACCACUCACCAUGUUCCUUGCAAGUGUGCUAAGGAGAGGCCUUCACCCCCCCCCCCAAAAAAAAAUAGUAAUAAUGACUGGCUUAAUUGGUUUGAAAACCAAAUUUGCUACCAGUACUAAGUAUUAAAACUUUUAUAUUCAAGCCUACUAGGUUAUAUUGUUGGUGUGAGUUGGUUUGUUGCACUUGUUCAUCCUUUGGUAAAUAACAAGACAUAUUUAUCAGAGAAUGCUCUCCUGCCUGGAAUGGUUGAUACUCGGUAUGAAUAUGGCCGUGCAGCGAAAUUGUUGAAAGCUGAAGUUGAAAAUCCAAGUGAAACUUACAGGUACUGUAAUCUGAUGUUUGGGCAGAAGGGUGUGACCCGGCCAUAGUGGAGUGUGACCAUGUGACAUCCCCACCCCCACCUUUUAGAGAACUUGUCUGUGUUAGGGGGAGAGACUUUUCUGCCUCUUUCUAUGAAUUAUUUCAUUGUCUAUGCCAUCCAUGAGUCAGGAUAUUAUUCAUUGGCCUAUUUUUAGGGGGAAGGGCUUGAAAGCUAUUCUGCCCCCUCAUUAUUAAAUAUUGUGGCCUGUGCCCCCUCUCGUGGCCCCUUGCAUCCUAUGCCCCAUAGUUUGUUAAUGAAAUUGUGAUUGCAAAUAAGUUGAUAAAUCUUUAUUAACUGUUUUCAUUUGAAAUAUUGAAGUGCACCCCUCCUCUGGUAAGAUCAUCUUCAGUAAUGACAUCAUGCAGCUAAGAGAUUAAACUAAGCCAAGUUUCAUGUAAUUGAAAUUUUGACCCAUCUUAAUUGCAAAACUGGUACAAACCCUCAUAUAAUAGUUAAUAUAUUUUAGAGGCAAUUUUCCAUUGUGGUUAAUGGAAAAGAUGAUGGCAAUUGGUUUGGAAUCAUACCAACAAAAUUUCACUGUGCAGUUUCCUAAAGAAUUGCCUAUUCUGAAUGAGCAGAUUAGUGGUACUAAUGUUUAUGGUAUAUUACGCGCACCUCGUACAGCAAGGAUGGAGGCAUUGGUGUUUUUGGUACCAUUAAAACCAGAAAAAACUGGACCAUUUUAUGAAGUGGUUUUAUUGUUAUCUUUAGCAGAACUUUUCAGGUGUAAGUGAUGUUUAAGAUCUGUGUAGGGGAAAGAGCCUGGGGACAAGCCUGGUGGGCACAGUGGUCAGUAUAUGUUCGUUUUACAAAAUGCAGUUUCCUAAUCAUCACUGCAUCCCUGAUUAUAAAUUCACUUCAGGUUUUAGAAGUCAGUCCUUCUAGUUUUACUCAGUCCCAAAAUACCUCUUGUAUCAACAAUGGACCAAUGGAGGGGCUCUAAUACUGUAUGUCUAGAGAGAACUACUUAAAGGAUACAACAAAUAUCAUGAAUCAGAAAUAUUUCAGUAUGCACUAAGCUAGUUUCAUUUAGUAUAGACCCCCCCUGCUCCACUAUCUUUGUAGGCAACCCCCCCCCAAAAAAAAAAAAAACAACUAAAAGUGACUGCUUGUGUGAUACUAGUAUGGUAGCAAAAGUUGCAAACUAAUAACAAGUAACAUUACAUGUAUAUGUGUCUUUCAAUCCAAAAAUCAAGCUUCAUUUCUGUCAGCCAUAAUCAACAUUGCUGUCUAUUUCUUUAAAAAUGCCUAUCAGCUACCUAUAAUCCUAUAUGUCUUUAGAUAAUACUUAUUGGGCAAAAGAUAUAAUAUUUUUGGUUGUGGAUCAAAAUGAAAUUGGAAUACAGUCAUGGUUGGAUGAAUAUCAUGGAAUCCAGUCUAAAUGUAAGUUGGGUAUUGCAGGCACUUUCUGCCCCACCCCUCCCCAGUUCCAGAAGACCCAAAAAAGCCCAGUCUGGAUAUGGUUAACAAGCUAGAUAUCACCAUGCAGUCUGGAUAUGGUUAACAAGCUAGAUAUCACCAUGACAGCAUAUCAUUAAACAUUACUUUGAGGUUAAUGAGAUUAAACAUGACAGCGUAUCAUUAAACAUUACUUUAUUAAAGUACAGUAAAAGCCCUUAGUAGAAGCAGCAAAGUUUAAGCCAGGCAGUUUAGAAUUAUACAUCCAAAUAAUUUGCACUUUAGACGUGAAGUCAUCUCGAAUGCUUGGCAGGUCAGGUGCAAUUCAGGCAGCCAUUAAUCUAGAACUAGAUGAUGAACAUAUCAGUUCCAUGGAAAUCUUGGUUGAAAGUUUGAACGGGCAGCUGCCUAACCUAGAUAUGGUAAACAUGGUUGUCAGAUUAUGCCAAUCUGAAGGCGUUCCUGUUGCGCUCAAGAAAUUGGUAAGAUUAUUUUUAAAGUUUUUGGAUAAUAAAGUGCCAAUGGUAUUGUGCAACAUUUGGGUCCUCCUUAGAAGAAAAUAUUUUUGAAGAAACUUCAUCUUCAUCAACUUUUUCCCUGACUUAUAGUUGCCAGAUAGGAUGUGAUAAUUACAGGCGAAAAAUAGAAAGUGGCCACUUUUAUCUCCGUUGUCAACGAAAAUGAAUUUUAAGGGCACUUCGUUUUAGAAUGCCAGGGCAGUUUAAUUCCAGCGUCAUUUCGGUUCUGGAAAACGUAUGGGCGUCCAAAUUCAUAGGAAGAAAAAGUAAUAUAUGAAAAAAUAAAUACAAAAUAAAUUUAAAAAAAUGCCAAUGCCCAAAACAAUUGACAUGAAGAUUGACUUUAUAAACCGAGUUUACUAGACAUUCAUUCUGAGGUCAUAACACCACUUCUACAUGACUUGCAAUGCGUGGUGCAAGAUUGAUCAAGAUAAUAAUGUUUUCUAGUUACAAGAAUGUUUUGCAGUUUUGAUUAUCAAAAAAUUUAAAAACCUCAUCCUUUAUUUUUUAUGAUUUAAUUAACGGCUAAAAUCUCUAAAAUGGUUCGAUUUCAUGAGGGGGAUUGCAAGUUGAGUUGAGGAUCAGAACCUCGAUAUUUCUUCUAGAUACCGCCCUGAAUGCAAAACUAAAAGACUAACUAGUACAGUAUGAGUGCAUUCUUUAUUUGGGGUAAUGGGUAUCCCCAACCUAACUUUCUGUGGCAGAAUUUCACAACACUUCAUCAAGAUCUUCUUUCAAUUUCCAAAAGUUGUAAAGUUCCUUUAAUGGAAGAGUUGCCCCUGCCCUCUGCCCCUGAGCUUACUCUGGCGUCCUUGACGGUUAACGUAAUUUUUUUAUUAAAGCCCGUGCGUCAUUUCAACGAUGGAUGGGAUGAGUACAGAAGCUCGCUAAGCACUAUGGUAUCGAUGAUGUUUAAUCAAGCUUCCGGUCGUCCGUCAGCCAAUCACGGCUUGUUUCCCAAAUAUGGCAUAGAAGCUGUUACCCUGAGAGGGAGAAAAAAUGCUGGUACGGGUUCUGUCAGUUUUAGCAGACUGGGCAGGUACGGGAUUUCAUUGUCGCUGUCAUAAGAAUUGGUUGCCCUGAAUAAAAUUUACGAGGCUUAUAUCGUUUUGUAGAAUACUUUGUAAUAAUUAAUUAUUUGACAAUUUAUAUAUUUUUAUCUUUAGAGCAUUGGAAGGAAUGUUUCGUAGUCUGAACAGUCUGCUAGAGAGUUUUCAUCAAUCAUUUUUCUUCUAUCUCCUAUCCUCAACGUCCCGUUAUGUAUCCAUUGGUCUCUAUAUGCCCCCUCUUGGCUGUGUUAUGAUUGGUCCAAUAUUGGCCGCUAUAUCUUGCUGGAUUUCCUCCGUUGAGGACAAAGGUCUGGUACAAAUAAACACUAUGUUGAACCUAUACUGCGCAUGUUGUAUGAACGCAACUUCGUGCCCAGGUCUUCCCUCUUGGGAAGGAAAGACUCUGGUAGGGGCUGGACACGUAAUCUUCCAAGAUCUAGCAGAUAUUUGGUUAACGUGCGCUUUUGAGUUAUUAGAGAGGUUAAGAUACCCCGGUUUACGGGUACGGGUGACAUACACGUAACCGUAAAUCGGGGAACUUGUUGAAGCUUUUUACUAUUUAAACGGCUCACAAAUAGUAAACAGAAAUCACCCGUACCCGUUUGUCUUUUACGUGUAGACCAUGGUUUAAAGCGGGAAACGGGUAGAAAUUACGGGUAAAAAUGCUGACAUCAGCAAAAAUGGCGGUACUCGUACCCAUAAACCGGGACCGGGGUAUCUUAACACCUCUAUUCAUGUUUAUUGGAAUAAACAACACUUCUACACACAUGGCAAUAGUGAACUGCUACAUUCCUACCCCUCCCAAAUUGACUCGACAAGGCUAAUUAGAUUUUAGAUAGAUCAGUUUAAUUAUGCAGGUUAUAUUAUAUAGAGCGUACUCAAAAAGAUAAACAAAACAAAAAUAGUGACAAGUGUGAGAAUGAUGAGAAGGAUGAGACAAGGAGUGAGAAAACCGAAAAGAAAGAAGAAACGAACCUGGAAGAAGUAAGAUUUAUUCCAUGCAUUUAUUUAACUUCAGAUUAAACUGAAAUUAACUUUAUUUGUAUUAGUUCAGCCUGUAGAGGUCCAGUAAGGAUAAUUUUUAUUGGUCUUACUAACUUCUUUUGUACUGGAUAGCUUUAUCAAAUUCUAAACUCUUCUCCUUAUAGAAGUCCGGUAUAAAGGAUCAUCUUUUAUUGGUCUUACUACAGGACGAAACCUUAACUAAACUAAUUUCAUUUCUAUACUGGGUAGAAAACGUUUUAUUAAAUUCUAAACUCUUCUCCCUGUCCACUAUUGACCAUUCCUUACAGUCGUCUAUCGUUAGGAGGCAACCAGUAACAAUCUUAGUAACAAUUUUCGCUGCCUGAUAUUAAGGUUGAUAUUCUAUUGAAUUUCAUACAUUACAGUUGACAUAUUAGAAUAUGUUUUAUUUAGUUUGCCUUUACUCGGAUACCUCGUUAUUUUGGCAAAGUACUUCGUGUGAUCCUCGCAGGACAUUUCAUGGGAUUGUUAAUCUUCAUCAGUCCAUACAUGUUACGGUAUAUUGAGAUGCCUCCUUUCGACUUACAACCUUCAGAUCUUGUUCUUUUUGUGUUAUUUGGAGCAUUUUUGCUUAGCUCAAGUAUGCCAUUUUUAUUGAGGUAAGAAGAAAAUAUUUUAUCGCCAUGGUUUUUAAUCUCCAUGGCUAGCUUUAUAGGUGGAUUUCCAGGGCUCGAUGGAGUAGUUGUAAAUGUCAGUGUGUUAUAUUCAGGUUAACAAGAAGUCUAACUGAAAGGGAUGUUCUGCUAUUGAAGUCCAUUUCAUUGGUAAUAUACACUUGUCAAGUUGGUUGUUUGGCUACAAUUAAUUUUUCGUUUGGCUUUUUCCUGGCAAUUUUUACUGUACCAACUUUUCUUUUUGUUCAUUCAACACAAAACAGGUACGCUCUAACGUAUUUGAAUAUUAUAUGACGUAGGUGAUCGUGGCACAGUGAUACCCUCUGCGAUCUAGGUGCGAUUUCUGCAGCUGAGCGAAACGUCUAGGCCAACGAUUGCUGCAGUCGGCCCAAAGUUUCUGGCGGCUAGGCCUGGAUCAGGAGGAUUUCUGAUCAGGAGGGUUUCUGAUCAGGAAGGUUUGUGAUCAGGAGGGUUUCUGAUCAGGAUGUCAGCUUAACCUGUAGCCAGCACUUAGGCGUAGAGUGGACUCGCCUGACAACGGAAAACCUUUGCACCACAGCACCAAAGUCUGUUUACAAUACUCAUAGGCGUAUGAGACAGGGAGGCAGGGGAGGGGUAACUGCUCCCCCCCCUCCGCCAAAAAAAUAGUAGAAAUUCAGGCAAAUGCUAGGAAAAUCAAGAAACGUCGGGCAGAAUUAUCAGAAAAUAUGUUAAAUUCAUUAUUUCAUUACAAUCCUCCAUAACCGUUUCUUCUUAUUUUUUCUUCUGUGCAGAAUACGUCGUCUGUUUCAAGUCGUGCUUGUAUCCAUAUCUUCUCCACCCUUUAUCAUAUUUCUUAUGACCGUGGUUUACAGUUAUUUUACGACUGAAACAGAUAACUAUCAUGAAGUAAUGCAGAAUUCAAAGACAUUAUAUAGUGACGGUAUUCUCUCAUCUCUACGAGAUUCAGUCUUGAUCGGAACCUGGUCGUAUCCUGUCACAAUGUUAGUCAUCUUGCCGAACUGGCUGCUUUUCUGGUCCAUCGCCUGGAUGUGA